GCAGCCCUGGGCAGCGGCUAAGGCGGAGCGCGCGGCUCCGCGGCCGGCUAGCCCUGGCGACGGCACCGGAGAAGGAUGGGGACCGCAACCCGGGCUUCGCAGAGAGCCUCCUUGGAGGCGAGGGCGGUGCAGAAACUAGGCGUGUGACUCCAAGCAAAUCGGGGGAGGAUGGAUGAGGGGAUGGGAGAUAGCUAACUGGGCUGACUCUCUGCGUCCGGUCCGCAGAGGCUCACGUCGCGGGUCUCCAGAGGCUUCGUCGACAACAUCGGCAGCGCCGAGCCAGUCUCGGGCCAUGAGGAGCGCGCAGGCCGCUCGGCCGGGAGCCGCCGUCGGGGCUGGCAGCGUCCCGCUGCGCUGAGAGCGUGGAACCGAGAGGGGCGCGGGCGGCCGGGCUGCGCCAGAGCGCACAGCCAUGGCGAGGGAGGAGUGCAAGGCACUGCUGGACGCUCUCAACAAGGCGACCGCAUGCUACCACCACCUGGUGCUGACCGUGGGCGGCUCGGCAGACUCGCAGAACCUGCGCGAGGAACUGCAGAAGACACGCCGGAAGGCGCAGGAGCUGGCGGUGGCCACCCGCGCCCAGCUGACGGCCGCGCUGCGCGACCGGGGCCUGGGCGCCGAGGAGCGCGCCGAGUUCGAGCGCCUCUGGGUGUCCUUCUCCGGCUGCCUGGACCUGCUGGAAGCCGACAUGAGGCGCGCACUGGCCCUGGGCACCGCGUUCCCGCUGCACGCGCCGCGGCGACCGCUGGUGCGCACAGGCGUGGCGGGCGGCUCGGCGGGCGUAGCAGCGCGCGCCCUGAGCGUCCGCAGCUUGCGGCACGAGGCGGAGGGCAACUUUGACGUGGACGACCUGCGCGAGCUGGAGCACGAGAUCCUUCAGGUGAGCGAGAUGAUCCAAGAAAUGGAGAUGAAGGUCAACGUGCCCCGCUGGACGGUGCAGGCCCGGCAAACGGCGGGCGCCGAGCUCCUGUCCAGCGCCAGCGUACGCGUCUCCUCGGUGGGCGCCGUGUCCGUCCAGGAGCGCACCGGGCACUGCGACCCGAACAAGGCCCUGGCCGCCACCGUUUUCAGCGCCGUGCUGCUGGCGGCUGUGGCCCUGGCAGUCUGCGUGGCGAAGCUGAGCUGA